AUGUGCACACGUAAGCACGCAGCUGCCACACUAACAGCCUUAAGGGCUGGGUCAGACACGCCAAAAGAAGUCCCUGAGCCCCACUAUCCUCAGGGAACCUCUCACUUGGUGCAAGACACUGACAAAAACAGCAGUAACUCCUGCUGGCACAGGGGGCCGUUUGUGGCCCCAAGCAAUGUGGAAAAAUUGUCCACAUCGUCUCGUGUCACCCGCAUGACAUCCGGCUUGCAACAUUGCAGCAAGCCGGUUCACUCCCAAGUCUAUUUGACUGGGAGUUACACAAAACCAUCAAACGAUCACUCCCACUGGCACAGGGAGCUGUUUCUGAUCGCAAAAAAUGUGGAAAAAUCUUUCACAUGUCCAGCAUCGUCUCGCAUUAAACGCGAGACGUCCAGAUUGAAAUAUAGCAGCAAUCUGGUUCACUCCCCAGUCGAUGCGACUGGAAGUUGUCAUAAACAACCAAAUGACCACUCCUGCUGGCGCAGGGAGCCGUUUGGAGUUCCAAAAAAUGUGGAAAAACCGUCCACAUCUACGGAAUCGUCUCGCGUCAGCCACGAGACGUCCAGCUUGCGAUAUAGCAGCAAGCCGGUUCACUCCCCAGUCUAUGCAAUGGGUAGUUGUGCAAAUCGAUCAAACUACAACUCCUGCCAGCACAGGGAGCCAUUUGUGAUCGCAAAAAAUGUGAAAAAAACUUCCACAUUGUCUACAUCGUCUCACAUUAACUGUGAGACAUCCAGCCCGCAAAAUCGCAGCAUGCUGGUUCACUCCCCAGUCUAUGUGACUGGGAAUCGUGCAAAACAAUCGAACAACAACUCCUGCUUGCACAGGGAGCCAUCUUUGAUUGCAAAAAAUGUGGAAAAAACCUCCACAUCGUCGUUACCGUCUUGCAACUAUAGUGAGACAUCCAGCUCGCCGCCUAGGCGUGAGCCGGAUCAAACCCCAGUCUAUAAGACUGGGAAUCAUCAAAAACCCUCAUGGGACGACCCCCGCUUGUGCAGGGAGCCAGUCCUGAGUGGAGGAAAUGUGGAAAAAACUUCCACACCACCGACACCAUCUCACAACCACUGUGAGACACUCAGCGCUCUGUCUGAGAACGAGUGCACACACUCCAACAUGGAUACAAAGGCCAUGUCAUCCAGAUUGACACAGACUCACAGGUUGAGCUCACUUCCGGACUGUCCUCAGAUGGCCUCGGACCCAGCGUGGACACAGCAAAGGGACCAGGUGCAGGAGGAUGGGGAAGCUCCCCGAAGUCGAUUGUCUGAGAAACUUCUGGACUUUUUCCAGGUCCCAUCCGAAUGGAGGACAGGAAGUGAUGAAGAACUCCUUCUCAGGCUAAAGGCCCGAGAAAUAAUAGGAGAAAAGGUCAAGGGCAGAUGCUCAGAGAGCACAGAGGCUCAGGGGAAGCCACUGCUGCCAAGGCCGAACCCGAAACUUUUGCCAAAAAAAGCGAAGUCACCAACUUCAGAUGAGGUCACCGAAGUCUGUAGGAGUGCAAUGUGGCAGAAGAAGGAGCCUAGUAAGGAGAACCCACAAAUGAACGGGCAACCAUCAACACCAGGCCCCAUCUUAGGCGAUAAAUGGCCCUCCUCGGUCACUUCACCCAGGCAAGUAACCUUCCGAAAAACCCCUCCAGUAAUGCUGGAGAGAACCAAACAAACCCUCGUGAAAACUUCACAAGGAAAACUUCCAGCAAAACAUUGCUGGAGGAUAACGGGCACCUCGAAAGAUGACAGGGUGAAGUGGGACUGGUCAAAUAACGGUCCUACUCAACUCCCUGACAUGAAGUGGUCAGGCGAAAACGAUACAGAAAUUUUCUGGCAGUGGUACACCACACUGCUAGGAUUCCUCACAUCACGAGGAUAUAGAGGUGCACACUAUGAUGAAAUCCAUCUGGAUUGUCUCAUUGGUGGAUUGGCAGAGCCUGCACUCUCACACGGACUAAAAUUCCGUGAAGAAGCCCUCCUUAGAGAUAAAGGGGGGAAAUUUCUUGAAGUCCUUGAUACGCUAAUGAGGACAUAUAUCAAGGAGCCCACCACAUUGAAGGUGACGGAAAAAUACUGCAAUGUAAAGUACAAUGCAGGAAAAGAACCCAGACAGUCCUACCCAGAACCAUCGCUUAAUGCUUGGUUUCUGGAAAACAUCCUCCCUGAAUGCAAGGAGGAAAUAAUCAGAAUGGGAUUCUCCUCUUUUGAGGAGAUGUUCAGAACAACAUCUCGCAUGGACGAGAUGAAAAACAGGCUGAGGAUAGCUCCAGCCUACAGGCCAGAAUGCUAUGCCAGACCUGAAACCACCGCAACCACAAAUUGCGAAAAGCCCAACCAGGUGGGAAAGGAGAAACACGCAGAGGCAAGAGCCAAUGUGCAAGACCCUAAACCCAAAUGGAAAGGCGAAUCCUCCCUGAAGCAGUCAGGGAACACCGACCAAAGGCCGGUACAAGUAUGCAAUAAUCGCGGAAUACCAGAGCGGGCAAAGAGCCACCCUGAGCACCAGUUAGUAGGAGACAGAAACCCAAGGCACAGGAUUGCCAGGGAAGUCGACUACAAAACAGAAGGUGAAGUUGGAGACGACUCUGAUGAAGAAGAACCGGAGAAUAUCUCUGGUGAUUUCGAAGUGGAGGACACCUCCAAUGACUUUGAACCAGAGGACCCAAACAAGGGACCUCACUACUUGCCCAAAAGAAAGGGCGAGGACAUCAGUACCAAAAAAAGAACUACCAACUCUUUGGUGACGACACUAAAGAGGGAUUCCCCUGAGGAAAGUCACUCAGAAGACAACACCCCCGAGGAAAAAACCUCGGAGGGAGACCCACUGAAGGAGGACCCUUCGGAAGAAACCACCCCGGAGUCUCCAGAAGAAGACGAGCUCUGGGUGGAGUUUAUACUCGGCUGGCUAGCGGCCACAAUCCACCCUCUCCCCAGUAGAAAUACUGGGCUGCAUCACACACAAUUGGCCGACAAGGCCAAUCAGCCCUCCUCGUACUUGAAGGAGGACCAAGAAUUGGCAGAUAAGAUCAAGUAG